AUGAAAACAAAAUAUGGUGAGCUUGUGUUGACGUCCCAGGUGUCGACGGCGUCCGGCACGCUGUCCCGGCUGGUGCACCUGCACAUCGCGGUGCCGGAAGCAUUCAUCCUGGGCGCCGACGAGCAUCAUGUGGACGCCGGCUCCACUAUCAACCUCGUCUGCAUCAUCGAAAAGAGUCCGGUCCCGCCGCAGUACGUGUUCUGGUACCACAACUCGCGCAUGAUCAACUACGACGCGGCGCGCGGGGUGACGGUGCAGACCGAGCCCGGCCCCAAGACGCAGUCCGCGCUCGCCAUCCGCUCGGCCGCGCCGCGACACUCCGGCAACUACACCUGCGCCGCCGCCAACACCGAGCCGGCGCACAUCUACGUCUACGUCUCCGAGGGCAGCGACAAGAUGGCGGCGACGCUGAGCAGGAGCCGGAGCGGGCGCGGGGCGGCGGGGGGCGCGGUCCUGCUCGCCAACCUGCUCGCCAACCUGCUCGCCGCCCUGCUCGGUGUGAGGCUCGGCGCGCUCUGAGCCGCCCGACCCUGUCUAGUCUAGUUUACUGUGUACAUACUAUGUUGUAAUUAUAACAAUAACUUGAAUUGAGGAAUUUUAUAAAUGUAUUAUUAAUGUAAAUCUAUUCGAAUUUUAUUGUCCUUCAAAAAGGAAUUGCCCAUAUGUUUUAUGAAAACAAAAUGUAAAUAACGAGAUAAUAACUAUAUUUGGCCGACACUUGAUGGUAUCGAUUUUAUUCAAUUUAUAUCAUCUACAUUAUGUGAAUUUAUACAGUAAUAACAUUUUUACUUAGGAGAGUUACGAAUGGUGUGAAAUGGACUGUUGUGUUGGUCACUGCGACGGUGCAACCCCACUAGCUCCGAACUGGACUUUUAUAUUUAUAAAGAUUUGAUUCAACUAAAAUAUAAGAGGUGAGGCGCGCGUGCAUGUGUGUGUGUGUGUGUGUGUUAUAACAUUAGGUGAACUGAACGUGGUCGAGACUCGUUGAGCGACAGACGGUGCGGUCUCUGUCGCCCCCCGGACCGGGAAUAGGAUUAAGUUAAUUGUAAGUUGUCGACGCCACCGCAGAUACGUAUGUACCUAACGAAUGUGACUAGACGCCAUUUUGUUGCCAAGACCCGCCCGGCUCGCCCGGGGAGCCCGGGGAGCACGGGGUGUCCGGCCACAAGAUGGCGUCGAACGUUUAAUCAACGUCAGGAUUCAUGUUUUUCUCAAGACUUCCAAUUAUGUAAAGAAUAAUAAAGAAUUGUAAAUAACUUAUGCCUUUUCCUAUUUGCACCCUGU